AUGAAUUUCUAGCGUUAAAGCACUGUUUUUUCUAGUUUUGAAGAAAAGGCUAAGGCAAGAAGUGAUUAAAUUAUCUACGAACCAGAAUUCUUUCUUGACAUUAGAAACCAUCAAGAAGAAUAAUUUUAAUAACACACAAGUAAUUAAGCACAAUAUCAUCCUCAAUUAUUGCUAACAGAUUCAAAUAUUAGGUACUUGAAGAAACUAAAAUCUUUUUCUUGUCAAGAACUAUAAAGUGUUAAAUUAAGUGAAGUCUAAAAAAAAUUUAAUAGGUAUAUGAAAAUACAUUCUUUUAACAAUUCGGUAAUCAAGUAUGUGCUUACUCAUAAAUACUACAAAAUACUUUUUAAUUAAUAUUACGAAGAUGGAAGCCUCGAAAAGUGGGUUAGUAAAAGCAAGGUGAAUAAUAAAGAUAUGCUUAGAGAUUGGGUAAACUAUUUAGUAAAAUGCAUAUAAAACCCUAAACUAUUAGAAGAUUUAUCAAUUAGUUAACCAUAACUUAAAAAUAUAAUUAUUAAAGACUAUUGA